AUGGAUCCUUUCGAGUACAACGCCAACCCAGGCCGCGUGGUCUUUGGCAAGGGCAGUAUUCAAAAGCUUCCGGAUGAAAUCAAACGUCUAGGUUUCAAAUCACCCCUUAUCCUCUCUACUCCUCAGCAAGUCAGUCAGGCGGAAGACCUGGCAAAGAUCCUUACCGCCGCAUCGAUUGAGCCUGCCGGCACCUAUACGAAUGCUACCAUGCAUACUCCCUCGCACGUCACCGAAGAAGCCAUGGCCUUCAUUCAAUCCAAAUCCGCAGACUGUGUUGUAUCAAUAGGAGGAGGUUCAACAACGGGAUUGGGGAAGGCAAUUUCAGUCCGCACCGGUCUACAUCAUAUCUGCAUUCCGACCACCUACGCCGGAAGUGAGAUGACGCCCAUCUUGGGCGAAACGCAGGACGGUCGCAAAACCACGCGGACCGAUCCUAAGAUUCUUCCUGGCACGGUCAUCUAUGAUGUCGACCUCACCAUGACCCUUCCCGCAUCUCUCAGCGCUACGUCAGGAGUAAACGCAAUCGCCCACGCUGUGGAAGCGCUCUACGCGAAGAACAAGAAUCCAAUCAUCUCCCUUCUCGCUCUCGAGGGUACCAAAGCCCUCGCAGAAUCCCUCCCGGAGAUCAUCCAGAACCCUCAGUCCCAACCUGCUCGGGAAAAGGCUCAAUACGGCGCCUGGCUAUGUGGUGUUUGUCUCGGAUCGUCGUCGAUGGCCUUACACCAUAAACUAUGCCACACGCUUGGCGGCUCCUUCAAUCUCCCCCACGCCGAAACCCACACUAUCGUCCUUCCUCAUGCCCUGUCCUACAACGCUCCCGCCAUCCCAGAGGCGAUGGAGAAGCUUGCCUCUGCCCUCCCCGGCAGUGAAGGCGAUGCCACCAACGGACUGAACAUCCUGCUCGAGAAGUUGCACGUGAAGCGUGCGUUGAAGGAUUUUGGUAUGAAGGAGGAGGAUAUCGAUAAGGCCGCCGAGAUUGCAGUGAGCAAUCAAUAUCCAAACCCGAGGAAGGUGGAAAAGGGCCCGAUUAGAGAGCUGAUUAGAAGAGCGUGGGCCGGGGAGCCGGCUAGAGCGGAUCUAUAG